CUCCAUUGAAUUGAGUUUGGAUGUUGAUUAUUUCGUUUCGUUUUUUUAUCAGUUUCUACAGAGGAGACGAAGACGAGAUCAUGGCAGGAGGGAAUUUCAUGGGCAGGGUUAUCUCUUAUGUCGUUAAUGAGCUAGUCGUCAAUACUCUUGCUAACAGUCCUGCCUUCCAAAGGUUUGCUGUCAGGACUUCCAAGAGGAUGGAAGAUGUUUCAAAUAUGGCUGCACGGAAAAGGCAGGAACUGCAAGAACAGUUAAAUGAUUCGCUGAAAAAUUUUGAAGACAAGUCACAGAAGAAGCAUUGAAGUGUGGUGGCGGUGGGGUAUCAACGUCUUGUUGAUAUGGAAUGUAUA